GACGCGUUCAGAGUGAAAGAGGAGGAGGAGGAGGAGAUGACUGUCGCAGUGAAAGAAGAGGAAGACAUUUUUGGAAUAAAGGAAGAGGGGGAGAUUACUGUCACAUUGGAAGAAGAAGAAGAGACUGGAGAUCUGAUUAACAACAGAGAGAGACCAGACUCUCAUUCUGACAGACGCAAGAAGAGUUCUUCGGGGGAACCAGACCCAGAGACGGCCAAACCAGUGAGACGACACCACUGCUCCCAGUGUAGUUUGAGUUUUAAGUGGUUAUGGAAGCUUAUACAGCAUGAGGGGACACACACAUGGGAGAAACCACACCACUGCUCCCAGUGUGGAAAGAGAUUUACCCUGUUAGGGAACCUGAAAAAGCAUAAAGGAAUACACACAGGAGAAAAGCCUUUCCAAUGUUCCCUGUGUGGAAUGGAUUUUACCCACGAUCAGGGCACCUAAAAU